AUGUUACAAGAUAAAGCUUACAACAAUAUUAAGUACUAUUUCUAGACCUAAUCCAAUGUAGAGAAGUUCAAUGAAAUAGCCACAGUUUUGCAAAAGAACGGAAUUCAUAAUUGGGAUGAAGGUCUACAGUUUAAGAACGAAUCUGAUUUGAUAGAGUUAGGUGUUGAUGAAAAAUAUGCACAUAUUUUUGUCAAUGAAGUAAAGCGCCAAAAUCAAUUUAAUAAUGAUUUAAGUGAUUUUAGCGAUAUAGCAUCGAUGGCUUCAUACACCACUUCCUAGAAUCCUAGGAAGUUUUUGCUUUCUCAAGACAAAACAAACUAGUAAUAUUAUACAGAAGAAAUCAUAGAGAGAGAGUUAAAUAAGAUUUAUGAAGUCUGGCAGGAGGUUAACGAUGAAUUUUUUAAUCAAUUCCCAGAUCUCACCCGCAUCAUUUUUUUGAAUUUCAUUUCAUAAGAAAAAAUGCUCAUUUAUGGAGGAAUUCAUUCUUCUAACGUUGAGGAGCUAUUCAGAGCAUUCUCGAAGUUUGUUGAUUAUAAGAAGCUAACUCAUUUCAUUACUACUAAUACAAAUGUAGAUGAACUAUUUGAUAAAUAAGGAUUUGCAACUAUCCCUUAAGCAGAUGUCAAAACACUACAAAACACUCAAGCAACUGACAUUAAGGUAAACGAAGCAAAUUUCCUUCUUCUCCAUCAAAUAUUCCAAGCAUCAAGUCCUCUAAUAAAUGCUAUUAUUAGACAUCUUUCAGAAAACGACAAACUGACUACAUAUGCCACCACAGAAUAAGAUUAGCCAAGUAUUAAGCAAUUCGAUAAUUAGAUAUUAGAAGAGUUUCUAUUCACUUACUUUGAAGAAGCAGAGAAACCAGCUGACUAAAAAAAAGAUAACUUUGAAGAAUUUGUUCAAGCAAUGUGGACUAAAAACGGGUAAAAUGGUAAAAUUGUUGCCCCUUAGAAAUUUCUCAAAGGCACAGAAAACAGCAAGUUAGGUGGAGUUAGUCCAAUAAUACCAAAUGCUUUUAAAAAACCUUAGUUGAAAUUAACAUAAGAGUUUUUAACUGCACUUGGAGAUUUAGCCUUUUAAAAAGUGGAAGACUCAACGGGAAUAUUAAAGCUUUAUUUGAAGGAGCUUAGAGAAAGAUUACUUGAUAACAAGAUUCUAAUUUCUUAAAGAAGAUGGGUGAGAAUAUUUAGAGUUUUGAAAAUAGUUUCAUAUACUAGAAAUAUAGGUGAUACUUCAAGAGUUUCAUUAGCUGAUUGCUUUAUUGUUCCUUUCUUGAUGGCCAAGAGCAAAUCUGAAUUUACUUUAAUAGAAAAGACUAAUUUAGAUGUGAUUGAGAAUCUUGCUCGCUUUUAUGGAAGUCUUAAACUUUCUCACUAUAUAGAAAAGCACUUUUGGUUGCUCUCUCCUCAUAAAGCAUUUAUUAAAUAAAUUAAAAAGCGUCACAGUCAUCUACCAUCCUUUUUCCAAGGUUGUAUCAGCCAUCCAGAUUACUUCUAAAUUUACCCAGAAGUUUUACAAUAAUAAAAAUACUCUCAACUCUGCUACUAAGUAUCUGGACCUGAUAGAAAAAUGCUCAGUGAUGAUUUCUUUUCAAUUGAUGUAAAUAAGGCAUAUGAGAUGAAAUUGGAUAUUAAAACUUCAAAUAGAAUGAUCGUAUACAUUGGUUUAGUUUGUUUUGAUGAAAAUAAAGAAUUUAUCCACUCAACUCAAGUUUGCAGAGUAGAAAAUUCAGAAGUCAUUAUAACUGGAGAUGAUGAAUCAACAAAGACUCUUUUGGUCUCUUCUGGAUCUGAGACAAAUCUUAAAAAAUGGAACUCUUAUUCUCCUGAACAAAAAGAUAAAUAAAAGAAUUUUGCAUAUUUGAGAUCUAUUGGGUUUUACUACGAAGGUGACACUUCCAGAUUAAUACCAAUAUCUGCGGUCAUACAAGAUAACGUAAAGCCAUAUGACACUACAGAAGAGCAUGGAGCUUUCUCAGAAAUAAAAGGAAACCGACUUUACUUAACUGAUUAUGGUUGGAAGAAAUACUAGUAGCUUAAGGAAAAAGGAGUUAUAUAGUUUAAUAAGACAUAAUUAAUGAACCAUUUUGAAGGAGGAACAUAUACUUUUGCAGAAUGCUUUGAUGAUUAUAUUAAAAAAUGGAUGUAAAAGAGCUUCUGGUUCAAAGGGGAAACAAGAUCUACAGAAACAAAUAAAUUUAGAAAAGGAACAAAAUAUGUUAAAAUAGUAAUUCUAAGCAAUUAUAAUAGUGGUUUCCCUGAUUUUAAAAUUCUCUAAAAAGAUGCUUCAAUCUAUUGGAAGAAUAUUGAGUUUAACUAUCUAAAAUGA